AUGGCAAAUGCGCGAUAUGGCCAAUCUUUCAAUGAUACUCCAUUAAUUCACACGCGUAAACAGCCAUCGGACGUGGUGAAUAAGCGCAAUAAACGAGUCGUGGAAAUGGCGAAUAAAUUUCUGACGGCCAUUGCCAAAAGUAGCGAUUACGAAAAUGUUGCCAACGCACUGUCGACCGAUCAUGGCUUGUCUAAAGAUCUGGUUAGACGGGUAAUCGCCUUGAUUAAAAAGAAAACGGACAUUAGACCUAAAAAUGUAAUUGGCCAAUUCAAAACUAUAAGGGAGAAUUUUCUGUCGCAAUCGCAGUUCGACAAAAUGGUCGAGUAUGCUAUAGUUAGUUUAGAACACAACACCGAGCCUGAUUUUUCUUACUACGCGGCCAUCUUUCUUUUGUGCGCCUUCACCGGAAAACGCUUGAACGAAAUCUUGUCCAUGACCAAAUUUCAAUUAGAAAAAUUACGCGAUAAACAACAAAUUGCAAUCUACAUCAGUAAAACGAAUCAUAUCGGGCAGGUAAAAUGGAACGGACCAAACGAUUUGCUAGGUCGUGUUGUCGCCCGUUUAAUAGGUCAAGAAAGUAACCCGCCCAAGUUCUUGAAUCCCUACGAAAAGUUCAAUAAACAUUGGACAAACGUUUUCGGAACGACGCCACCGCACGGAAUCAAAUUUCACAGUUUGCGUUAUAAAAAUGUCGGCAGAAUACUACUAAGUCAUGACCACGAUGAUAGUAACUUAGAGGAAUUUAACACCAUCCUGGAUGAGCUUUGGACAUAUGCAACGCUCAUGGAAAGCGAGUCACACAAAAUAGUCGGUCAUCCUGGUGCUUUUCUUGCCGUUGGCGAUGCUGCUGAAAAAGUGUUAAUGCUAAAUGCCAUGACACCAAUACCAGAUCUCUUGCACGAAAUUUCAAUAUAUCUGGAGAAAAACAACAUACCAAAACCCAAAAGCUCCGACCAAUUUAUAGAGUUUUUAUCCCAGCUCGAACGGUUAAAAAUCCAACAGCCCGAUAUUGCCGGUCCUUUAAUCGAACGUAUAAGCAAUAUGUGGAAACAAUUUGCCAUGUCCUAUGACGAUUUUACUCGUUCGGCAAAAACUAUCGCAGAACAACAAGUCAAAAUUAACGAACUAACAAAGCAGCAAAAAACAACGAUUUCCAGCUUGAAGCAAUGCAACGACGAAAAUAAACGUUUGAAGAAACAAACCGAAGGAGUAAAUGGUUCGAAAGUUGACCUGCAAAUAGUUCGCGACUAUUUUACUCAGCAUUCGGUUCGACCGUUAGUGAAUUUGAACGAUUUAAUUGAACUCUACCGUUGGUCGACAUUGAAAAUUGACGUCGGCCAACGUAACUAUUAUGCGACUCUAAUCGACAUAAUUGGAGAGCAAGCGGUACCUCUCAAUUUUGAUUUAUAUGCUCGACUCAUUUAUCGAGUGUCGCGUAACGUCAGGCCCUUCCCGACGAUACCCUCUUCGAUUCAAAUGUUGGAAAGCAACAAAUUGGACCCCAUCUCCAUCUCACCGAGAAACGUUCCAGCAAAAACUCAUUCGAACGCAAUCGCUUGGGACGGUUUGGAAUUUUAUACAGGAGCGCAAAAACUUUACUUUCCCGGAAUCAAACACGAAAAUAAUUUAGAAUUCACCGCGCCAACUAUCAAGUCUCGCGGUUCCCAGUUAUUCCAUGUGCACGAAGGUAAAUAUCUUUUGGCCCGAAUAAACAGCAGUUUGGUUUAUAUCGGAAAAACACUCACAUUUGCCACGGCUGGGAUCAUUCAAUCGAAUGUCGAAGAUUCGGGUACAAACAGUAAAACUGUAGUGCUCAAUUUGAAUGUGGAAAAUGGAAUCACGGCUCGUAAGAUCAAUUACGCGAUUGAACCGCAAAUCUCGACGAUAGCUGUCAGUGAGUGGAUGUCGUACAAGAUCAAUACGUUACUAAACGAUGUUGCGAUAAACAAAGUCAAUCCAACCGAACUCUCUAUUAGUCCAGUUAAUAACGGAGAUUUCAUAAUCCUCGUAAUAGGUGAAUCAAUUCCCGGUCUCAGUAAACAUGCAAAUGGUAAUUUUAUUCUCGAUGGAACAACAGUAAAUAAGUUCACUUUACUACCGUCGUUAUAA